AUGAUCAUAGGUGCACCGGCGAAGAGAUGGACAACGGAGAGCGUUUCGGACCUCCUCGGGUCCCCGUACACGGACCUCGGGGCGGUGCUGUUGUCCGAUGCCGUUGUGGACUACCUGCAGAGCAUUCAGUCAGUCAGGACUGUCCGUGCGGCUCGGCGCGUAGCGGACGGCUCCGACAAGGAUGGGAACGGAAGUCCUGACAGCCUUCCAAGUGAUGUGCAUGUUGUUCUUCAAUACAUUGUACGGCAUGCAGACACGCUGUUCGCUCUGCUUCACGGAGAGGCGCGGAUGGAGAAUGGCUUCGUGAGUUCAAAAGAACCGCUGCAAGGGGUUUUUCCAACGUCCUCGCCUACACCAGCGGAGGACCAGGCACCGCCGACUGUCGUAGAGAAACAAUACCCAUCCAAUGGGAACCCUGCCAACGGUCCGUGUCACGCUCCUGGUGCUAGCCAGGCGUAUGAUGGCAGUGCAGGUAUCAAGAAUGCACCAGCGUCAGCGUCCGCCGCCAUCGGCGACAGGGAAGAGGCGCAGGAGCGGCGGUGCCUCGCGAACCUGACAGAGCUACUCUCCUUCUGUAUUUCCCACUCACAAGUACAGUCCGAAAUCGAUGCUGUCGUGGCAGCCUGCAUUAAAGCGCUGAGUGCGGAGAACAUUCUGGAGGUACAGCGGACGUUUGCCGUGCAGCGUCUCCUGCUAGAAGCCUUCGAUAAUGACUUCGAGAUGACCACGCAGACCAUCGCCGACACCCUCACGCAUUCGGCCAUUAAGGGAAUAGUAAAAAACCUUUCGAGCAACUGCAUUGUUGCCGAGACCCUCAUAGCACUCUUUGGCUCAGCGCUGUCCGCGGUGUGGAUGGUGAAGCCGACGACCAGGACGGCGCUCUUCACGUCGCAAUGGAUUCGACUCAACUUCCCAACAACGUUCUGCGCCCAUCUCCUCACCGCCAUCCGCGAUCCCGGGAUGUACCACUACUUUUACUUCUUCAAGGAAUUACUGAAACGCGGGUACAGCCACAGCGCAGGGCCGAUCGUGGAUGUGCUCCUCAGUGAGCCGCUUGUCUCGGACUACGUGGAGUGCAUCUUAAGCUGCUGCGAGGAGGACGUGGGGAGGACGCCGCUGUUGUCUCCAGAUGGCGUUGCAGCGGCGCCGGUGUCGCUGGCGGCGGAUGGGAUGGAGGUGCUCGUCUCGAUAAUUAGCCUGGUGCGCAAGUCGCUGGUACUGCCUGAGACCAACUACAUGUACGAAACGUCCACACAGUACAUUUCGCCGGUGGCGGUGCUUCAGGCACAGGCGUCACGGGUAACGGCGCUCCUCGCCCCGACAGCAAAGGAGGAGGCAGAGCUGGAGGCGCUUGUGUCAUCUACCCAGUUAUCGCCACGCUCGAUGAGCGGUCCUUUGCGACAUGCUUGCUCCCAUGCUGCUAUGGACGGGGGGUAUGGCCUGGGUCCGCUCCGGCUUGCCGUCUGCGAAUUAUUUGUCGAAUUUUCCCUCUUCCAGCUGGCCAGUACCGACAACACUCUCAUCACAAGUGGCUUCUUCCCCGCGUUUAUAAACUGCUGCGAGCGCUUCCCGCAGCACGACGCGCUAGCCAGAGCCUUGCACCGCUGCAUCCUGACCGUCUUUCAGCGAGCAGUGCUCGUGGGCGAAAAUCUCAGCGCUGCAGCCGAGCGCGAUUGUCUGUGGACGUACCUGGUGAUGGCAGACACUGUUGUGCUGCGGUGUGGCGCUCUCGAAUCUGUACUGGGCUCACUGACGCACCUUGCACAGAUCCCUGAUACGACGCUGUCGAGCCUCUGCAUCGAUUUACUGACAAGCUUGUCCUCACUGCCGCUCUUCCAGUCCGCCGCCGGUGGCCCGUUUGAGAAGCACCUGGAGGCUUUCAAGGCGUGUGAGGCUAUCCAAGAACGCGUGCGCCACAUGGCCACCUCGAUCACCGGAGGGAGCUUUAAAGAGCGCGGUUCGGCCGGGGUACGAGAGGCGGUGCAUCGCGACACCAUCAACCUCGCUGGUGAUCGCUUCCACGGUCCGAAGGUGGGCAGUUUCUCUCGCAGCUCACGGUUUUCCGGAUUCCCAAACAGGCUGACAAAGGGUGCGUACAUAAUUGUGCGCCGCAGUGCCGACGACGACAGGCCAAGGCGCCCAUCUGCGGAUGUGGUAGUAGACAUGGAGGCCCUGAAGCAGGAGGUGCACACCCUGCAGCAAGCAGGUUCGCCGGCUGUGCAGUCGUACCCCAGCUUUGGAAACGUUCAAUUUGGUUUUGCUUCCUCGGCGGCACAUAUCGAAAAUGAAGAGCAGAACACGGCGGAAACACCAUUAUCAUAA